AGCUCCGGAGCGGCACCGAGUGGAGUGGAGCGGCGUCACGCGAGGAACGCACGUAGCAGCAGCACGACGACGCGCGCUAGCGAGCGAGCGAGGGGACGGGACUGGACGACGGGACUGUCCGAAAAUGACGACGGUGGCGAUCUCCCCAGCUAUGGCUCACGGUAACAGCGGAAUAAUACAGGUGGUGAACGAGAGCAAUCUGAGCAAGAUCGAGAGCUUCCUCAACGAUACGGCUUACCGAGAAGCCAUUGAGAAUUCCUCCAAUUACAAUAGCCGACUGUGCCGGGAACGACGUCUCCGCAUGCCCUUCCUCGACUCGCAGACAGGUGUCGCACAAAAUCACUCCGCCCUUUUUAUGUCCUCAAGAGAAAGAUUACCAGGCUUAUUACACGGUCAGAUUUAUACCUAUCCAAGUAAACGAUGGCGAAAGAAACGCCGGCAAUAUUUAAUGCAUUACCUACAUCCAAAACGACCAAGGGGAGAUAUAGAGGAUGGAACAGAAGGUGUGGAAACUAUUACACAUGUAAAUGAUGACAGCAAAGAUUCAGUGGCACUUAAAGACGAGCACAGCAAAGACGCUUGGUAUUAUGAUGAACAAGACAUGUUAGACAUGGAUGCUUAUGAAGAACCUGAUCCUGAUAGUGACUACGAUUAUGAGGAGAGUUACAGCAGUAAACGGAAACGCAGAAAAACUCGGGGAGGUGGUCAUCAUCCUGCUCGUAGUCAUCCACCUUCUACAGAUACUCCUGGUGGAAAACGUACAAAAGGUGGUGGCCGUGGACGUAAAAAGACCAACUACGACUCUGUUGACACUGAUAAACCAUUCGUUUGUGACCUAUGCAGCGCACGGUAUAAGACCAGACCCGGUCUGGUCUACCAUUACGGUCAUUCCCACUCUACUUCCUCCGGUGAUCCUGCUAAGGAACUAAGUCCCAGUCCUGCCGAAGUUGAACCUAGGAGCGUUGCAGACACCGCUGCUUCGAACCAGCCAGGUGGUACACGUCGGGGUCGUCAGAACGCUACCUCCUCGAAUACCUCAAGUCCUUCCCCGGCGACGCCUACCGUUGCACCCGCUGCGGGAACGGUGUCGCAGCCGCAGCAGUCGCAGCAGCAACAGCAGCAGCAGCUGCAGUCGACCGUGCAGACGCCCGUCGCCCCGGCGUCGCCCACUGUCCCGGCGACUAAAGAAGAUCACCUACCGGCGGCGUCUUCGCCCGGCGGCACCGCCGUCUCCUCGCUGCCGUCCGCGGAAAGCGCGGGUACGACCGGCGGCCCGCCCACCCCCGGUGGACCGACCGCGGAGAAGAAGGCCGGCGGCAAGUCGUCCGCGGCGCAGCCGUCUCCGUACUGCGACUUCUGCCUGGGUGACGCGCAGCAGAACAAGAAGACCGGCGGUUCCGAGGAACUGGUGUCGUGCAGCGACUGCGGCCGCUCAGCUGUUAAUAUCGUGAAAGACGUUAAGUAAUUCGUUAAUUUUACGAGCAAGCAAGCAAACAAGCAAGCAAGCAAGCGUACGUAUCCUUCCUUACGCAAAGAGGAUUUCGCUGUUCUCCAUUCGUAUACUCCAAACGUAUCUAUAAUUGUUAGACGCGCAAUCGAGAGAAAGAUGUUUAGAAUUAUCUGUUACAUUUGUAUUAAUCUCUCUUUUUUGCCUAUUCGUUAAUGCGUUAAUCGUAUUUGUACGCGUAGCCGUUGAAAGUGCGUAGAAGUUACGUAUAUACGUAUAUCCGGCUUUUGCAGAUCACGUUCUUCAAUAUGCCUUAGGUUUUACCGAGGUAACGGGGAUAACUUUUUGAGUUGUAUAGGGUUACAGAGUUGUGUGACUGCGUUUUGUCACUGCCGCCAAGGGUAGUAGAAAAAACAACAAUGCAAACUGGGUGCAAUAAAUUAAGGGAGAAGCGCAUUCGAUUAUCUGCACAGUGUAGAUCAAACGGUUACGAGCUUUACAUACACUAGUCAAGAUGAGGAAUACAAAAUACAUCGUUUUGUCAAUGGUGCAACUUGUCGCAUCUGAGUAAUAGGAAUUUUCAGGAAUUCCUUUACUACGUGAAUUUGCUGUGAUUUAUGGUAUCUCAAUGAUUAGUUCUAAGAUACUCGAAUCGGUAUAACGCGGUAUAAAUUAUUGUAUUACUGGGGGAAAAAAAGCACAAAGCUAAAGAAAAGGAGUCUUCAUCGGUGAGAGAAGUUGAAAUUUUUGUCGUGUGUAUGUAUGCGUGAUUGGACAUUGGUAGUAAAUAUUGAUACGGAUCGUUUGCUUUUUGUGCAGAAUUAUAACGAAAAUUUGUUGAAAUUCCUGUUGCACAGUACCACCAGAGCACAUAUUGAGGAGGAUGUGUUUGUCUUCUGUUUGACAGUGUAUCCCGAUAUUUUCGUUAUUGUGUUAGAAAUCAAAAGAGAGAGGAGGAGGUGCACGACGUGAGAAACGCACCGACAGGUUUAGAAGAAUUUUAGAUGCAAUAUAUAUAUAUAUAUGAAAAUAUAUAUACUUUAUAUAUCCAGCACAAUCAUGAGAAUCGUUUUAAUGAAAGCAACGUAUUUAUUGUAAGAUAACGAGAGAUGUUGAUCGCGUCACAUUUAAAUAUUUCUACGUUUUCCGAACGCUUGUACAUAUUUUGGUGGCUUUGCGUUUGUUGGAGAUUACGAGGUUUUAGAUGAUGUGAGAGCUAGAAAGAGCGCAGCGCAGAAAGAGGAAUAAACGAAAGAGGAGAGAGUGCAAUUUUUUCUAGGGAUCUCCGUACCUUCCGCGACUCUGAAAGAAUUUUGAAUAAAAGAUUUGAGUAAUGCAACCGUGGGAAUGAUGUUUCAUCUUUUACGAUAAUUUUCAUUUUUAUUACGUUAAUUUUCAAUUGGAACUUGUUUAACGACUCGUUUAUGUGUUCAUGAUAUUUAUUUUUUAUAAUCGAAAAAUACAUAUGUAUAAACAUAAUUCCCGAUUCACUCUUGAGAGUGCGAAUCGGGGAUUCGUAGAAAUGAGAGAGGGACGUUCGCUGCAACGUAAGAUGCGUUUUACAUAGUCGUGUCGUGUGUGCCGUGUAAAAAUUUUUCGUUGACUAGCAAAGCUGUGUAUACUUUGAGUAACAAUUUGUUUCUCAGACAAUCUUCGUUAUUUUUUAGACAAGUUAUUACUCGAGAGGCCUCACAUUUUAUAGCGAAGUUAUGAUUGAUGUUUUUAUAUUGAUGUUUUUCACGAGGAGCGCUACGUGUGAGAUGAUACUGUGAAGUAGAGAAUUUAUUUAACGUGAAUUUUAAUUGACAUAUGUAACAGAGCGCUCGAUGCUUUCGCGGUGAUGUAUUCAAAUUUUGUUGUGAUGUAUUGAGGAUUUUGUUGUGAGGAUUAAGAAAGGGGAAAAAAACGCGAUCGCGCGCGUUCUUGUUUAAUCAGAACUGCUCGUUAAUUUUUUAAAAUGUGUCUCACAUUCCAUUGUAGCUGCCGCUCUUAAUUACGUUUAGUUGUGGGCAUUAGCUUUUCCGAUUUAAUGUAUAACCGCCCCCUUGCUAUGUCACUGUUAUUUGUAUGACGCGCAAUAUAUUUAUUACAUAUUUAACAAGCGAGGCGAAGAUAUGGGAUAAUACAUUUACAGAAUGGUAAAAGUUCUUUUUACUACCAGUAUUUUUUUUCUUUUUUUUUUCUUUUUUAGUUAGGUACCUUUCUAAUGAGAUGCGUCACACAUAAACGUUGUGACUAAUAUCUUCUUGUAGGAAUUUGACAUAGCUUAGUUUUGUACAAGCUUUGAUACUCGUACAAAUAUCAUUUGAUUAGGGAUAACAAGAAGAUCGUGUAAUGAAAUUAAUGUAAUACCUUAUGAGUUUUUCAGGCAUAGAGAAACGCCGAGAUAAACUGGGCGUGUUGAAACUACUACCUGCGACUAGACUCGAAUUAUUUUGUAUACUUUUUGCCGAUUAUACAUAGGUCGCAGUUUUACAUGUCGCUUAUACUCUCUAUACACUUAUACGCCACACACAAGUCGUACAACGUUUUUUACUUCCUGCCACACGCGUGGACGUGUGCGUACGCGCGGUUCUUUUUAUAUUCGACUUCUGAAAGAUUUGGAGAUAAUUUACAGCCGUCUUCUUUAAUCGUAGAGCUUCAUGUUACAGAGUACUUUCUAAUAUACAUAUAUUAUGUAACUCGAGUAUAGAAGGCUAUCGACAAAGAUGUGUUACAGCUUCUUUACAUAUAACAUAUGAUACAACGUAGGAUAUUCUAUAUUAUUUAACAUGGUAUAGCUAAUACGGCAGGCUAGAGAGGGUACUAUACGUUUUAGUUUCUUGUAUAAAUUGAUAUUAUAUUAUCCUUAGAUUGUCGUAAGAAAAACUCACAUGGUAUAAAAACAAUGGAAGCAUGCAGAUAUAUAGUUCCUCCUUGUUAUAUAUAAAAUUGAAGAUUUGUUAUUAGGCAGUUUUAAUUAAGCAAUACCCAAUGAGGCUUAUAAAUAAUAGUAUUUAAGUCACACUAGUUAUAUAUAAAUAUAUAUAUAUGUUCUUCAUAUAUAUAUAAUAUAUAUAAAAAAUGUGAUACGUUAUAUGAGUUGCGUGUUGUAUGUAUGACAAUGAAAGAGAGAGAGAGAGAGAGAGAGUGAAAGAGCGAGAGAAAAAAAAAAGAGAGGAAAGGAGCGAGGGAGAGUGUGCAUCUGCGACGUUUAUAUUGUGCUGCGCAAGAAAGAACGUGAACUAUUCCAAGGUACGCCCUGCUAUUACUUACCACCUAUUAUUCCAAAUAAUAACAGUAUGUUCAAAAUGCAACAUCAAAAAAAAAAAAAGAAAUUACAGAUAUCAUGAAAUAAAAUAUUCUGUGCGGAAAAACA